GCGGCGCUGCGGCCGUGGGCGGCCUCGCCCUUCCCGCGCUCGGCCCUCCUCAGCUUUCGGCGUCGUCCGACCGCACAGCAGCCUCCUGAGGGCUCCAGGGUUUCAGAUUUAAUAUUGAAUCUUCUCAAGUAAAAAGCCAUGACCUCGGCGCCCAGCACCAAGAGGAUGAGGGAGGAAGCCACCUGCUCCAUCUGCCUGAACUUGAUGAGCGACCCGACGAGUGUCACCUGUGGACACAGCUACUGCAGCCAGUGCAUCGUGGAUUUCCUUAACAACCUAAGGCAGUCACAGGUGUUGCAGAACACGUUCCCCUGCCCCCAGUGUCGAGCCCCGUGUUCCAAGGAGAGCCUCCGGCCCAACAAGCAGCUGGGAAACCUCAUUGAAGCCAUCAAGGAGAUGGAGCAGGGGAUGUCAUGCAAAGAACACGGGGAGCAGCUGCAGCUCUUCUGUGAAGACGAGGGCCAGCUCAUCUGCUGGCGCUGUGAGCGGACAUCCCAGCACCAGGGGCACACCACAGCUUUGGUGGAAGAUGUGUGCCAGAAGUACAGGGAAAAGCUCCAGAAAGCUGUGACGCAAUUGAGGCAACUCGAAGAGGAGUGUAUGGAUCAGAAGAAGGUCAUAACAAUGCAAAUAACUGAAUGGAAGGAGAAGAUAGAGAUUCAGAGACAAAAAAUCCGCUGUGAUUUUGAGACUCUCCAGAGCUUUCUACAAAAAGAGGAGAAUUCUUACCUCUGGAGGCUGGAGAAAGAGGAGAAGCAGGUUUUGAAGAGGCUGCAGGAUGGUCAGGCCAGUCUGGAGAAGCAGAGCCGGGAACUCAGGAGCCAAAUCCAGGGGCUGGAGGAAAAGUGUCAAAGCCAGGCCCAGAAAGUGCUGCAGGAUGUGAAGGGCACGCUGGACAAGAGCUGGGCUGUGAAGCUGGAAGUGCCAGAGGUCUUCUCCUUGGAGGUUCUUACGGCGUGCAACGUUUCUGAGCUUUACUUUGAUGUGAAGAAGAUGUUAAGGAGCUAUCGAGUCGAUGUGACUCUGGAUCCAGUUACAGCCCAUCCUGAACUAACCCUGUCUGAAGAUCGGAGGCAGGUGACCCGGGGGUGGCCCCAGGAGAAUCUCGCCGUGUCUCCCAGGAGAUUCAGUGCCUUACCCUGUGUCCUGGGCUGUGAGAGCUUCGAUUCAGGAAAGCAUUUCUUUGAAGUGGAUGUGGGAGAAGGGACGGGGUGGGAUUUGGGAGUUUGUAUGGAAAGUGUGCAGAGGGGUUUUGGCGUAAAGCAGAAGCCGCAGUCUGGCUUCUGGGCCAUCAGGCUGUGCAGGAAGAGAGGCUAUGUUGCACUCACCUUCCCCCAGACUCCUCUCUAUCUCAGUCAGCAGCCCCUAGUGGUGGGAGUUUUUCUGGACUUUGAGGCCGGAGUUGUAUCUUUUUACAAUAUGAGUACCGGUGCCCACCUCUUCACCUUCCCAAAGGCCUCCUUCUCUGAUACUCUGCGACCCUAUUUCCAGGUGUAUCACUGUUCUCCUUUGUUCCUGCCUCCCCCAGGUGAGUAGGACAGGCGCAUAGUCUCCUUGUUGGCUUCACCAGCACAGAGGGUAUAAUGUAAGUCCCGUGAGGGCGGAAAUUUGGUUUCUCCUAUUCCCUGCUGUUCCCCCAGUACCUAGAACUGUGAUAGCUUUUAGUGGAUACUGCUACAUCUGCCCUGAACUGCCGGCUCUGGAGACUGUCAGGCUGUCACGAAGAUCAGGUCAACAGUGAGGGUCGCAGACUGUCCUCCCCGCCUGUCCCUCUGCAGCAAGCCCAGGGCUUGGACUGCUCUGGGGUCCUUGAGCAGGGUGUCCCCAGAGUUAGGGAUUCUUCCAGCUUGGCUGACACCAUUUUAACUCCUGAGAGUAGGGGAUGAAAGGAGGCCGGGAGUGUCUGCCCACCGCAUAAAAGAGCAGGAAAAACCAAAAUAGCAGCGGCUCCUCCCUCUGUGCACCUGGUCAGUGAUCCUCAGAGCUGCCCUUCCUGCAGGCUGCCGGACCCCCUGAGUCUCCCUGGGGAAAGAGGCAGGCAGUGAUGGGGGAAAGUUCCAAGUGGCUUGAAAUUAUAUGCUUCAGAUGGAAGGCAGAUUACCAGCAAAAAUGGACUUUGGUGGGAAACUCAGUACCGGAAGAGAGCAGGAGGUUGGUCUUUGGCAGACGGCUGGAGCCAGCCCUCUGAUGUCUUACGUCUCAGGGAAUAGUCCUUGCUGGAGUGAUUGUGGGCUGUCUUUGUUGUGAUUCAGAUGUGAUGUGGAGAGACCUUGACUGUCUACAAGUCUAGUCUGAAAAGUAAAUGCCCACCACACCUAAGUUAUUACACCUCAGUGGGCUAAGGACAAGACCUCAUUAAAGUCAGCCAAUACGUAAACAGUGUUACUGGUGACCAAAACUAGUCACAAAUUUGCUGGAUAGUUAUUAUUCAGAGUUGAUAUAAAAAUGGAUGUUUGCGAGGUCCUCUGUCUCUCUGCACUAAAGGAAAGGCAGCAGGAGUUGUUCUGGAUGUCAGGCGUGUGUGGGCCAACCCCUCUGUCCACACGGAAGACAUAGGGAGAGUCAGACCACUGCCCAAGCACCUGCUGCCUCCACCACCUCACACACACACAUACGGAGGACAAGAGAAAACACUGUUGCCUCCUAUCCUGCAGACAACACCAGAGAAAUCCACAUAACCAACUUUGUUUAAACGUGCCUUUAUUGACCCUUAGUUUUCCUAUGUGUGCCACCCGGAAACCAGCCCCUCUCCUUAGCUUUGUUGCUUCUGUAGAAAGAAACGUCUUGUUCUUCUGUUAAGAUGCAAGAAAAGCCAAGAGUUCUAACCACCCCACUCUGUCACUCUCCUUGGAGUGCUCUCAUGAGUGUGUGAUGCUUGUGUUAAUAAACUUCUGUUUGCAUGUGUUUUGUCAUUCUGCCCUUUGUUAGGUUUAUGGGGUUCCAGAUGAACAACCUAAAAUGGGUAGACAGACAAGAUUUAUCUUUUGUUCCCACAUGAGGAACCCGAGUCUUACGUGGUCAGUCCACGUAAUUUCAGCACGCUGACUCAGUCUGGGACUUAGGGCACACUGGUAAGUGAGGAACCGCACAGUCGUGCAGGACCAAUGAAGGCACAGUCUGGAUCUCAGAAGCUCGAACUCCUGGAGUAGUGCAGUCCUGUCUGACCCAAGGGUGGUCUCGCUCAGGAAGGGAGGCCGCCCUGCCGCUGGCAGAGUCUGGAGCACUCCGCUCAGGAGAUUCUGUAGUCCUGAGUGCUCAGUCUGCAGAGCAAGAAAGAGCAAGCAUUCAACUAAAGAAUCUUAGAAAUUAAUAAAAGAAACCUUUGAAACUCUAAGGAAGGAUGUGUUAAAGAUUACCUUAGAAAUUGGUUGGGAUGCAAACAAAUUAUAGAAAGAUAAAGAAGUACCUGUGGUCCUUAGAGGGAAAUACAGCUAAUUAGGUAAUACAUCGGCUUCUUUAAUGAAGGUUUUUUAAAUGAAGAAAAUAGAGGGGCUGACAUUGUGGCGUAGCAGGUAAAGCUGCUGCCUGUGAUGCUGGCAUCUGAAGACACCCAGCUGCUCCAUUUCCAAUCCUGCUCCCUAAUAGUGCACCUGGGAAAGCAGCAGAGGAUGGCCCAAGUGCUUGAGCCCCUGUAUCCAUGGAGGAGACACAGAAGCUCCUUCCUCCUGGCUUUGGCCUCACACAGCCCCGGCUGUCGUGGCCAUUUAGGGAGUGAACCAACAGAUGGAUGAUUCUCUGUCUCUCCCUCUCUCUAAGUAACUCUGCCUUUCAAACACAAUAAGGAUAUCUUAAAAAGAAGAAAAUAGAAACUUGAAAGAGAGGUAGAACAGAGAGGUCUUCCAUCCGCUGGUCACAAUUGCCGGAGCUGCGCUGAUCUGAUGCCAGGAGCCAGGAGAUUCUUCAGGGUCUCCUGCGUGGGUGCAGGGGCCCAAGGACUUGGACCAUCUUCCACUGCUUUCCCAGGCCAUAGCAAAGAACUGGAUUGGAAGAGGAGCAGCCGGGACUAGAACUGGCGCCCAUGUGGGAUGCCGGCACUUCAGGUCAGGGUAUUAACCCACUGUGCCACAGCGCUGGCCAUUCAUAAACUUUGAAGACUUCUUACAUGCAUGAGUGUCAAGUUUUCGUUAUACAAAAUAAACAUCUUUUAAUUCCAUUUUCCACAAACUUUUUGAAGAAUCCUUUCACGUGUAUGACGCUGCAAGACUUCUCUGACCGAAUCCAGUCACCAUGGAGCAGAAGUAGUGGGUAGGGUAGGACUGAGCCAAUUUUAAGGUUUUGUUGAAUUGGUGCAAUACGAGAGCAGGAAGGCGAGAAAGGUUAGGCAGGAAGGCGAGAAAGGUUAGGAGAUGGUGAUGACAAUGACUGCAUAAACUAAUGAGGAUCAUCAGGCUAACUCUGGGGGAUCCAGCAACAGGCCAGGAACUGAGGAGAGGACAGGACUCGGAAAGAGGAACAAAGCCGAGGGGUUGGGGCCAGAGGAUGCCAAACUACAGGGUGUGAUGAGCAGGGGAGUGCAGGGGUGAAGUUGAGUCUGCAGAGGAAGAGGUGCUGCCGGUGGGAGCUGAUUCCGGAUAAUGCUGAAUCCCAGGCGCUGCGGUGGGGUGGCUCACCCACGCUGAGCAGCUCUUAGCGUCAGUGUGCAAAACGGCCGCAGGAGCUGCCCGUCAAAGCCCAGAUGCACAGGCUUCACCUGGGACCUCACUGUUCUGAACUUGGCAGUGAGACCCGAGACCCUGCAUUUCCCAUGGCCACUGCAGUGAUCUUCCUGCGGAUGCUUCCAGGGCUCAGAGGGGCAAUACACAGGGCAGAUUCCUCCUGCAAACUCAGAGUCCAUCCGGUCUGAGGCUAAGAAUGGGGAGAACACCACAAACUAGUGGAGAAAGUCCUAUGACGGCCAGUGAGGGAAUGAGUGGCAGGGCUGCGGAGGCUGGCCUGGGGGUGCAGCAGUUUAAGUGUGGAGGUCAUAGUAGGGAGCUGGGUGCUAGGGCACGGUCUCACCUCUGAGCCCCAAGGCAGAGUCCCUCAUGCGGGAUAGAGCUCACAGAACACCACUCUGGAGAGCUCCCGCAGACUCAGUCCAGGCCUGGGUGUACAGGGAGACCCCAGGCCCAAGAGGGUUGAUCAUUAGAAGGGUGGGUCUGGAGGCCCCUGUGUAGGGGAGAGGAGGUGCUUGUGCCCAGGUGAAACUCAGGAGGCCCCAUCUGGGGAAAGCCGGGGGAGGGGUGUGUCCUAACAACCCUCACGCCCUGGCACAGGACUGAAAACCGCCUCCCUGCCUCCUGGGGCUGGCACUUAGGCUGAGCUCACUAAGUGCGGAGUUCCAUCGGUUGUUGAAAUGCACCCUGACUCGGUCCCCAUGAAGAAGAGUGCCUCCUCACCCAUUAUCUCUACAAACUCACAUGACAGGAGGCACUCUUAAGCACUCUGGGAGCCGUUUCAGGUUGAGGGUCCCUUCCUGCCUCUUCGGAAAUCCCAGUGACAAUGGAAAGGAAUCAGAUAGAGAGAUCAAGGUCUCUAGGGUCUUGGGGAGAUGUAUCAAGGGUAAAGUUUUGGACUGAAUGAGCCAGCGCCAUCAUCAGAGGAACUGCUGUCUCCACAGGCCUCUGAGCCCACGGGUUGUCAUGAGGAGGAGAUAGCCUGGGCCGUGGCCUCCAUCCCAUUAGGGCUUCCAUGGGACCCUGGAGGUUGUGUCACUCCCCCUCCUGCUCAACCACUUGCUGGUAUUGCUGCCCCCAUGCUCCUGCUGUCACACAUGUGUGUUCCGUGUGGAUGGCAGUGCAGUGCAGCACAGUGUGGCAGCAGGUGCCUGGUCCCCAGUGUUCCAGGCCAGGGUGGCCGGUCUAAGCACGGACUGAGGAGGAGGCAAACUGUGUAGGUUUUGGAGCCUCCCUUAGUGCAUUCAGUAUAUGAGGGCAGAGGGGUGCCUUCCUUCACUUGUACCUGGAGCACUCACAUGCCUUCCUUCACUUGUACCCUUGCAUGCAUUCAAGCACACUGGCCCAUCCACUAAUUUUUCCAGAAAAAAUCUUUCACUUGCUUUGAAGUCGUCUCCUAAAACUCCACAAACACCAACCUCAAUAUUUUCAUGAGACCUGCAUUGGAACAAUAGGACAGAGAGCGACACUCAGUUUUGUAUGUUUCUGUUGUAAUGGAACGUUUACAGCCAGUGAAUCAUUUCUAGUCCUUUUCUGCUAAAGCUUUGUGGUAUUUUGUGUCAUCUUCAAUUUUGGUUCUUCUUACUGCCUUUUGUUUUUAAGUGUUU